AAGUGUCACGUUGCGUGUAGGUGUAGGUGUAGCGUAGAAUGCCAACUCUCUCGACUCACCCAACACACCUACUACCCCUCUGUCCUCUCUCACUGUCUCACCCAAUCCCAAAGCACUAAAAGUAAAACUGGCCCAAACAACAUAACGUCCUUUGUCUUUGUCUUGGGUUUUACUUUUAACGGGUUUCUCUUUUCGUCGUUCCUUGCCGUCUAAGCUCUCUCUCUUUCUUUUCAAUGGAGGCCAAGCUGUUAGGAGUUGCCUCUCCUGCCAUUACAACUCCUUCUCGUACUUCCAGAUUUUCGAAACCCAUUUCCCCUUUUGUCCACCAGACCAGGCAGAAUCUCUCUUUCAGCUUCCGAGGUUCAAGCUUGUCCAAAAGAGGCAUUCAAUCUGUACAAGCUGCUGCGACUUCCACUGGAUCAUUGGCAAUAAAGAAAAGGGUGGAUGGGAGUGAUAACUUGACACUAGAGGGUAUAAGAAAUUCCUUAAUUCGACAAGAGGAUAGCAUUAUAUUUAGCCUUUUGGAGAGAGCUCAAUAUUGUUAUAAUGCAGAUACAUACGACCCUAAUGCUUUCUCCAUGGAAGGGUUCCAUGGCUCUUUGGUUGAAUACAUGGUUAAAGAAACUGAAAAGCUUCAUGCUCAGGUGGGUAGAUACAAGAGCCCUGAUGAGCAUCCUUUUUUCCCUGAUGACCUCCCAGACCCAUUGUUGCCACCUUUGCAAUACCCACAGGUGCUACAUCCUUUUGCUGACUCAAUUAAUAUAAAUAAGAAAGUCUGGGACAUUUAUUUUGGAGAUCUUAUCUCAAUAUUAGUCAAGGAAGGGGAUGAUGGCAAUUGUGGAUCAACUGCUGUUUGUGAUACGAUGUGCUUGCAGGCUCUGUCGAAGAGAAUCCAUUACGGUAAAUAUGUAGCGGAGGCAAAAUUUCAAGCCUCUCCAGACGUGUAUGAAGCUGCCAUUAGGGCACAGGACAGUCAAACACUGAUGGAUCUGCUGACAUACCCAGAAGUUGAAGAGGCAAUUAGAAAGAGAGUAGAAAUGAAGGCGAAAACUUAUGCCCAAGAGGUGACAAUGAGUGUAGAGGGAGAUGAAGCUGAACCAGUUUACAAAAUAGAGCCAAGCUUGGUUGCUGAUCUAUAUGGGGACUGGAUCAUGCCAUUGACAAAGGAAGUUCAAGUUGAGUACCUGCUUAGAAGAUUGGAUUGAAUGGUGUUCCAGUCACUUUCUCCCACUAUUUAUGAUAUAUAUUUUGUUUUUAGUACCAUAUAAGAUGAGAUGGAGAAUCAGAAACUCUUUACGGAUAGUGGUUUUCGAUGAUUGUCUUUGUAAUUAUUGUAUGUAAGAGGCUCUAAGAUGCAUUAAUAGUGAAUUUGUGAUGUAAAACAAGCAGAUAGAGUGAUGUGAAUUUUUAUUUCAAAUGAUAUAAAUUUCCAAAAUGGGUGCAGUUGGAAUUUAUUCAAA